AUGGCACAGGUUCCAGGGGAACUGGACAACAUGGAGGGCCUGCCUGCCCCCAACAACAACAACCCUGCAGCCCGCUGGGAGAGUCCAGAUAGAGGCUGGGACCGGGAGCCAAUGGCCACCUCCACAGCAGCCGCUUCACUCUUUGAGUGCUCUAGGAUCAAGGCCUUGGCAGAUGAACGGGAGGCCGUGCAGAAGAAAACCUUCACCAAGUGGGUGAACUCCCACCUCGCCCGCGUGGGCUGCCACAUCGGGGACCUCUACACCGACCUGCGGGAUGGCUUUGUGCUCACCAGGCUCCUGGAAGUGCUGUCUGGGGAGCCGCUGCCGAGGCCCACGCGGGGCCGCAUGCGGAUCCACUCACUUGAGAACGUGGACAAGGCCCUGCAGUUCCUCAAGGAGCAGCGCGUGCACUUGGAAAACGUGGGAUCGCACGACAUCGUGGACGGGAACCACCGGCUGACGCUGGGGUUGGUCUGGACCAUCAUCCUGCGCUUCCAGAUUCAAGUCAUCAAAAUCGAGACCGAGGACAACAGAGAGACGCGCUCAGCCAAGGAUGCUCUGCUUCUAUGGUGCCAGAUGAAAACAGCUGGUUACCCAGAGGUGAACAUACAGAAUUUCACCACCAGCUGGCGGGAUGGCCUGGCCUUCAACGCCCUCAUUCAUCGGCACAGGCCCGAUCUUGUGGAUUUCGGCAAACUCACCAAGUCCAACGCCAACUACAACCUGCAGAGAGCCUUCCGCACAGCUGAGCAGCAUCUGGGGCUGGCACGUUUGCUGGACCCUGAAGAUGUGAACAUGGAAGCUCCGGAUGAGAAGUCAAUCAUUACAUAUGUGGUGUCUUUCUACCACUACUUCUCCAAGAUGAAGGCCCUGGCGGUAGAGGGCAAGCGGAUUGGGAAGGUCCUGGAUCAGGUGUUGGAGGUGGGAAAAAUCAUCGAGCGCUAUGAGGAGCUGGCAGCCGAAUUGCUGGCCUGGAUUCAUCGCACCAUAGGUCUUAUCAGCAACCAGAAGUUUGCCAACUCCCUGAGCGGGGUGCAGCAGCAGCUUCAGGCUUUCACGGCCUACUGCACACUGGAAAAGCCAGUCAAGUUUCAGGAGAAGGGGAAUUUGGAGGUGCUUCUCUUCAGCAUCCAGAGUAAAUUGCGUGCGUGCAACCGUCGCCUCUUUGUGCCUCGGGAGGGCUGUGGCAUCUGGGAUGUUGACAAGGCCUGGGGUCAGUUGGAGAAGGCAGAGCAUGAGCGGGAGGCUGCCUUACGGGCUGAGCUGAUCCGGCAGGAGAAGCUAGAACUGCUAGCCCAGAGGUUCGACCACAAGGUGGCCAUGAGAGAGAGCUGGCUGAAUGAGAACCAGCGUCUGGUCUCCCAGGACAACUUUGGGUACGAGCUGCCAGCCGUGGAAGCAGCCAUGAAGAAGCACGAGGCAAUCGAGGCAGACAUCGCAGCCUAUGAGGAGCGGGUGCAGGGUGUGGCCGAACUGGCUCAGGCAUUGGCCACCGAAGGCUAUUACGAUGCCCGGCGUGUGGCGGCUCAACGGGACAGUGUCUUACGCCAGUGGGCUCUGCUGACCGGGCUGGUGGGUGCCCGGCGGACCCGCCUGGAGCAGAACCUGGCUCUGCAGAAGGUCUUCCAGGAGAUGGUCUACAUGGUGGACUGGAUGGAGGAGAUGCAGACCCAGCUACUGUCCCGGGAGUGCGGACAGCACCUGGUGGAGGCGGACGACCUGUUACAGAAGCACGGACUGUUGGAGGGGGACAUCGCGGCCCAGAGCGAGCGGGUAGAGGCUCUCAACGCUGCGGCCCUGCGAUUCUCCCAGCUGCAGGGCUACCAGCCUUGUGACCCGCAGGUCAUCUGCAAUCGCGUGAACCACGUGCACGGCUGCCUGGCGGAGCUGCAGGCGCAGGCGGUCCGACGGCGCGGGGAGCUGGAGGCGUCGCGGAGGCUGUGGGCGCUGCUGCAGGAGCUGGAGGAGGCGGAGAGCUGGGCCCGGGACAAGGAGCGGCUCCUGGAGGCGGCGGCGGGGGUGGUGGAGGCCGAGCAGCUGUUCGCCGAGGUGGCCGAGGUGGCGGCGCUGCGGCGCCAGUGGCUGCGGGACGCGCUUGCCGUGUACCGCAUGUUCGGCGAGGUGCACGCGUGCGAGCUGUGGAUCGGCGAGAAGGAGCAGUGGCUGCUCGCCAUGCGCGUGCCCGACUCCCUGGACGACGUCGAGGUGGUGCAGCACCGAUUCGAGAGCCUAGACCAGGAGAUGAAUAGUUUCAUGAGCCGCGUCCUGGACGUGAACCACACGGUCCAAGAGCUCGUGGAUGGAGGUCACCCCAGUUCAGAUGAGGUGCGCUCUUGCCAGGACCACCUCAACAGCAGGUGGAAUCGCAUUGUGGAGCUGGUGGAGCAGCGCAAAGAGGAGGUGAGCGCGGUGCUGCUGGUGGAGAACCACGUGCUGGAGGUGGCGGAAGUGCGCGCCCAGGUGCGGGAGAAGCGGCGGGCGGUGGAGAGCGCACCCCGGGCCGGCGGCGCCUUGCAGUGGCGCCUGAGUGGCCUAGAGGCGGCUUUGCAAGCGCUGGAGCCACGCCAGGCGGCCCUCCUGGAGGAGGCGUCCCUGCUGGCCGAGCGCUUCCCGGCGCAGGCGGCGCGGCUGCACCAGGGCGCCCAGGAGCUGGGGACCGAGUGGGGCGCCUUGGCGAGCUCGGCCCAAGCCUGCGGCGAGGCGGUGGCGGCGGCCGGGCGACUGCAGCGUUUCCUGCACGACCUGGAUGCUUUCCUGGACUGGCUGGUGCGUGCCCAGGAGGCAGCGGGGGGCAGCGAGGGGCCCCUGCCCAGCAGCCUGGAAGAGGCCGAUGCGCUGCUGGCGCGCCACGCUGCCCUCAAGGAGGAAGUGGGUCAGCGCGAGGAGGAUUAUGCGCGCAUCGUGGCGGCCAGCGAGGCGCUGUUGGCGGCCGACGGUGCCGAGCUGGGCCCGGGCCUGGCUCUCGAUGAGUGGCUCCCACACCUGGAAAUUGGCUGGCACAAACUGCUCGGCUUGUGGGAGGCGCGCCGGGAGGCCCUGGUUCAGGCCCACGUCUAUCAGCUCUUCCUGCGUGACUUGUGCCAGGCGCUCGCUGUGCUGCGCAAUCAGGAGGUGGCGCUGUCCAGCGCAGAGCUCCCAGGCACGGUAGAGUCUGUAGAAGAAGCCAUAAAAAGACACAGGGAUUUUCUCACCACGAUGGAGCUGAACCAGCAAAAGAUGCAGGUGGCGGUGCAGGCUGCCGAGGGCCUGCUGCGGCAGGGCAACGUCUACGGGGAGCAGGCCCAGGACGCUGUGACCCGGCUGCUGGAGAAGAGCCAAGAAAACCAAUUAAGAGCCCAGCAGUGGAUGCAGAAGCUAUACGACCAGCUUGGACUGCAGCACUUCCUCCGAGACUGCCAUGAGAUAGAUGGAUGGAUAGAUAGAGUGUCCAUGCAAUCUCAGGUGGAAGAAUGGUACCGAGAGGUGGGAGAAUUGCAGGCGCAGACGGCUUCGCUGCCGCUGGAGCCGGCGAGCAAGGAGCUGGUGGGCGAGCGGCAGAACGCGGUGGGCGAGCGCCUGGUGCGGCUGCUGGAGCCGCUGCAGGAGCGCCGCCGCCUGCUGCUUGCCUCAAAGGAGCUUCACCAAGUGGCCCACGAUCUGGAUGAUGAGCUGGCUUGGGUUCAGGAACGGCUGCCUCUGGCCAUGCUGACUGAGCGAGGGGAUGGUUUGCAGGCUGUCCAGCAGCACAUCAAAAAGAACCAGAGCCUGCGUCGCGAGAUCCAGGCGCACGGGCCGCGUCUGGAGGAGGUGCUGGAGCGCGCAGGCGCCCUGGCCUCGCUGCGCAGCCCCGAGGCCGAGGCCGUGCGCCGGGGCCAGGAGCAACUGCAGAGCGCCUGGGGCGGGCUGCGGGAAGCGGCCGAGAGGCGGCAGCAGUCGCUGGACGCCGCCUUCCAGGUGGAGCAGUACUACUUCGACGUGGCCGAGGUGGAGGCGUGGCUGGGUGAGCAGGAGCUGCUCAUGAUGAGUGAGGACAAGGGCAAGGAUGAACAGAGCACCCUGCAGCUGCUCAAGAAGCACCUGCAGCUGGAGCAGGGCGUGGAGAACUACGAGGAAAGCAUCGCGCAGCUAUCGCGCCAGUGCCGGGCGCUGCUGGAGAUGGGGCAUCCGGACAGUGAGCAGAUAAGCCGGCGUCAGUCUCAGGUGGAUCGUCUGUACGUGUCACUCAAGGAGCUGGGCGAGGAGCGCAGGGUGAGCCUGGAGCAGCAAUACUGGCUGUACCAGCUCAGCCGUCAGGUGGAUGAGCUGGAGCAUUGGAUUGCAGAGAAGGAGGUAGUAGCUGGCUCACCUGAGCUUGGCCAGGACUUCGAGCAUGUCUCGGUGCUGCAGGAGAAAUUCUCAGAGUUCGCCAGUGAGACAGGCACAGCCGGCAGGGAGCGGCUGGCAGCCGUGAACCAGAUGGUGGAUGAGCUGAUCGAGUGCGGGCAUACGGCAGCAGCCACCAUGGCCGAGUGGAAAGAUGGGCUGAACGAGGCCUGGGCCGAGCUGCUGGAGCUCAUGGGCACGCGUGCCCAGCUGUUGGCUGCCUCCCGGGAGCUACACAAGUUCUUCAGCGAUGCCAGAGAGCUUCAAGGACAGAUCGAGGAGAAGCGGAGGCGGCUGCCCCGCCUGACCGCUCCGCCGGAGCCGAGACCCAGUGCCAGCUCCAUGCAGAGGACCCUGCGAGCCUUCGAGCACGACUUGCAGCUCCUCGUGUCUCAGGUGCGGCAGCUGCAGGAGGGGGCAGCCCAGCUGCGCACCGUGUAUGCGGGCGAGCACGCAGAGGCCAUCGCCAGCCGGGAGCAGGAGGUGCUGCAGGGCUGGAAGGAGCUGCUGGCUGCCUGCGAGGAUGCCCGGCUGCACGUGAGCUCCACGGCCGACGCCCUGCGCUUCCACAGCCAGGCCCGGGACCUGCUGUCUUGGAUGGACGGCAUCGCCAGCCAGAUCGGAGCGGCUGACAAACCCAGAGAUGUGUCUUCUGUGGAGGUGCUUAUGAACUACCACCAGGGCCUGAAGACGGAGCUGGAAGCACGGGUGCCUGAGAUGACUGCCUGCCAGGAGCUGGGGCGCUCUCUCCUGCUCAACAAGAGUCCCAUGGCUGAUGAGAUCCAGGCUCAGCUAGACAAGCUGGGAAGUAGGAAGGAAGAAGUGUCGGACAAGUGGGACCGCCAUUGGGAGUGGCUUCAGCAGAUGCUGGAAGUGCAUCAGUUUGCCCAGGAGGCGGUGGUGGCUGAUGCCUGGCUGACAGCUCAGGAGCCCCUCCUGCAGAGCCGGGAGCUGGGCAGCAGCGUGGAUGAGGUGGAGCAGCUCAUCCGGCGACAUGAAGCCUUCCGCAAAGCAGCCGCAGCGUGGGAAGAGAGAUUCAGCUCUCUACGGCGCCUGACCACGAUCGAGAAACUGAAGGCCGAACAGAGCAAGCAACCACCCACCCCUCUGCUGGGGCGCAAGUUCUUUGGGGAUCCCACGGAACUGGCAGCCAAAGCAGCCCCUCUGCUGCGACCAGGGGGCUACGACAGAGGCUUGGAGCCCCUGGCCCGAAGGGCCUCGGACACGCUGUCGGCCGAGGUGCGGACCCGGGUGGGGUACGUGCGCCAAGAGCUCAAGCCCGAGCGCCUGCAGCCGCGCAUCGACCGGCUGCCCGAGGCCCCGGCCAGGGCGGAGCCCGUGUCCCCGCCGGCCGCGCCCUCGGACACGGUGGACGCGCCAGUGUCCCCCAUCACGGUGGUGGAGCAGGUCCGGCCUCGGCCCGAGCGCCAGGAAGCUGCAGAUCGCGCCCCCGAGGAGCUGCCCCGGAGGCGGCGGCCUGAACGCCAAGAGUCGGCCGAUCAACCCGAGGAGACUUCCCGGAGGCGGCGGUCGGAGCGGCAGGAGUCUGUGGAGCACGAGGCGGCGCACAGCCUGACGCUGGGCCGCUACGAGCAAAUGGAGAGGCGGAGAGAGCGGCGGGAGCGGCGGCUGGAGAGGCAGGAAUCCAGCGAACAGGAGACACCCACCAGAGGAGAACUGGUCAAGGGGAAGGCCACCCUGGCUGACAUUGUGGAACAGCUGCAGGAGAAAGAGGCAGGCCCGGGGCUCCCAGCUGCAGUGCCAUCGCUGCCCCAGCCUCGCGAGCUUCCCCCCGGCCGCCUGCCUAAUGGGCUUGAGCCGCCCGAACGGACACCUCGGCCGGAUCGGCCGCGGGCUCGGGACCGGCCCAAGCCCCGACGGCGGCCGAGGCCCAGAGAGGGUGGCGAGGGCGGGGGAAGCAGGCGCUCACGCUCCGCCCCGGCCCAGGGAGGCUCCGCCCCCGCGCCUCCGCCCCCGCCCACUCACACGGUGCAGCACGAGGGCUUCCUGUUGCGCAAGCGCGAGCUGGACGCCAACCGCAAGUCAUCCAAUCGGUCGUGGGUGAGCCUCUACUGUGUGCUCAGCAAGGGGGAGCUAGGCUUUUACAAGGAUGCCAAAGGCCCAGCCUCAGGGGGCACGCAUGGUGGGGAGCCACUGCUCAGCCUGCACAAGGCCACCAGCGAGGUGGCUAAUGACUACAAGAAAAAGAAACACGUCUUCAAGCUCCAGACCCAAGAUGGCAGCGAGUAUUUGCUUCAGGCUAAAGAUGAGGAGGAGAUGAACGGUUGGCUGGAGGCUGUGGCGGCUUCGGUGGCCGAACAUGCAGAGAUUGCCCGUUGGGGCCAGACACUCCCUACCACAUCGUCUACAGAUGAGGGCAAUCCCAAGCGAGAAGCUGGGGAGCGCAGGGCCAGUGGGCGCCGGAAGUGA